CUUCUCUCUUUUUUCUCUCUUUCUCUAGGCUGUUGGUUCUGAAAUCAUGAGCUCUCUUCGUUGGAAAGCCAUGGCAAUAGCUGUAACUUUGCUUCUGCUCUGCUUUUCCAGAGAAGUUGAAUCAUCUCUCUCUUUGUCAGACAAAAUUCUAGAGCUACCAGGUCAACCCCAAGUGGGGUUCCAGCAAUAUUCAGGCUAUGUGGCUGUUGAUGAGAAGCAGCAGAGAGCUUUGUUUUACUACUUCGCUGAAGCUGAAACAGAUCCAGCUAUCAAGCCUCUUGUUCUCUGGUUGAAUGGAGGCCCUGGUUGUUCUUCUCUUGGGGUUGGGGCAUUUUCUGAAAAUGGGCCAUUUAGGCCUAGUGGGGAGUUGCUGGUGAGAAAUGAAUACAGUUGGAACAGAGAGGCAAAUAUGUUGUAUUUGGAGACACCAAUAGGAGUUGGGUUCUCUUAUUCAACUGAUUCUUCCUCCUAUGCGGCUGUAAAUGACAAGAUCACGGCCAGGGACAAUCUGGUGUUCUUACAAAAAUGGUUGCUCAAAUUCCCACAAUACAAGAACAGAGAUUUAUUCAUCACAGGAGAAAGCUAUGCUGGCCACUAUGUUCCUCAACUUGCUGAGCUAAUGCUCCAAUUCAACAAGAAGGAGAAGAUGUUCAAUCUAAAAGGAAUUGCUCUGGGCAAUCCAGUUUUGGAGUUUGCCACUGAUCUCAACUCAAGGGCUGAGUUUUUCUGGUCUCAUGGAUUGAUAUCGGAUUCCACAUACAAAAUGUUCACUUCCUUUUGUAAUUAUUCUCGGUAUGUGAGCGAGUAUUACAGAGGAUCAGUUUCCUCAAUCUGUUCAAGGGUGAUGAGCCAAGUGGGGAGAGAAACCAGUAGAUUUGUGGACAAGUAUGAUGUUACCCUUGAUGUCUGUAUAUCAUCUGUGCUCUCACAAUCAAAAGUCCUUAAUCCCCAACAAGUAACCGAGACAAUAGAUGUCUGCGUGGAGGAUGAAACCGAGAGUUAUUUGAAUAGGCGAGACGUGCAGAAGGCUCUCCAUGCCCGGCUAGUAGGAGUCAACAAAUGGUCUGUUUGUAGCAAUAUCUUGGACUAUGAAUUGCUUGACCUGGAGAUACCCACAAUUUCCAUCGUGGGCAAGCUCAUCAAGGCAGGGAUUCCGGUUUUGGUUUAUAGUGGCGAUCAAGAUUCUGUUAUCCCAUUAACGGGGAGCCGGACACUGGUCCAUGGACUGGCUGAGGAAUUAGGACUGAACACAACUGUGCCCUACAGAGUAUGGUUUGAGGGGAAGCAGGUUGGUGGGUGGACACAAGUGUAUGGUAACAUUCUCUCCUUUGCCACCAUUAGAGGAGCAUCCCAUGAAGCUCCAUUCUCUCAGCCAGAGAGAUCACUUGUUUUGUUCCGGGCAUUUCUGGGUGGUAGGCCUCUACCACAAGCUUUCUGAUCUGCUGAUCAGUUUUCCAGCAGUAACUCCUGAUUGAGAUUGUAAGUAGGGUUUGAUAAGGCAGGGUUGUUAAUCAUAAAAAAAAAAAAGAAAAAAAAAAAAGGAGAGAGGAAAAUCCUAUUCUUUGUUUUUUUGCUUAUCUGGUUUGUCGAAGAUGUGGAAGUUGAAUGAAUUCUGUAAAGGUCUUAGGAAAUGGAAAAAGGUGUUCUUUCUUGUGUCA